AUGGUUGAGGAUCCAAAGAGAAAGCCACUCGUUGCUCUUGCUGUCCUCUUGCUGCUCAGCUCAGCGCAAGCAGGGAAUACAGACAGACUCUCAGGGCAUAACUGCACUGACUUCCAAACAGCAAAUUUCCUUCAGGGCAGGAAGCUUAAAGUCCAGUUUCUUCUGUUCACCUCUUCAAAUCCCAGCUGUGGGGAACUGAUUUUACCCGAGGAUGGCAUCAAGAACUCCAGCUUCAACAACAGCCUGGAAACCAAGAUCAUAAUCCAUGGCUUCAGGGCUUUGGGUACCAAACCUUCCUGGAUUGAAGGGCUUGUCCAUGCCAUACUGCACACAAGCCAGGUGAACGUGAUCGCAGUAGACUGGGUUUAUGGGUCUACAGGAGCUUAUCCCUCCGCGGUGGAAAAUGUCACCCAGCUGGCCCUCUCCAUCUCACAAUUCAUCAGCAAGCUCCUGGCCCUGGGAAUCUCAGGGACAUCCAUCCACAUCAUUGGGGUAAGCCUCGGUGCACAUGUUGGGGGCUUGGUGGGACACUUCCAUGGCGGUCAGCUGGGACGGAUAACAGGCCUGGAUCCCGCAGGCCCUAAGUACACCAGAGCCAGCCCUGAGGAACGCCUGGAUCCUGGGGAUGCCCUCUUCGUGGAAGCCAUUCAUACCGAUGCUGACAAUUUUGGGAUCCGAAUUCCUGUAGGCCACAUAGACUAUUUCGUCAAUGGAGGCAAAGAUCAGCCAGGAUGCCCCCGAUUCAUCUCUGCAGGCUAUGAGUAUCUGAUCUGUGAUCACAUGAGGGCAGUACAUCUCUAUGUCAGUGCCUUGAAACAUUCCUGUCCAUUCAUGGCGUUCCCCUGUGCAAGCCAUCAAGAUUUUUUAAACGGUCAUUGCCUGGACUGCGUUGACCCCUUCCUGUUCUCCUGUCCCAGAAUAGGCCUGUUGGAGCAGGCUGGUGUGAGCAUGAGAAAGCUGCCCAGAGAAGUGAAAGUUUAUUUAAUGACCAGUCCCUCAGACCCAUUCUGUGUUCAUCACAGCCUGGUUGAGUUCCACUUGCAGAAGAAGAGAAGCAUGGUCACCAGCAUUGAGGUCACUUUCUUCAGCAACAGCACCAAGGACACAGCAAAGAUCACUAUACCUAAGGACCAGGAGAUGGGCAAACACCUGCUGGCCCACAGAGUUCCUCUCUGCCAGAUAAAGAGUAUGACACUGAAGUAUCUCCCCCAGAGUCACUUUUGGAAGAAGGAUGAAUCAUCCAUUGUGGGCAAGUUCUGCGCAGCCCCACUGCCUCUCAAUAGCAACCGGACAAUGUCAUGCCUGCCCUGGAACCUCACCCUCCCUGGCAACACAGACAUCUCCCAUGACCUUCCCACUACUUGUACCUAG